AUGGUACUAAGCGUAUAUGAGUCAAUAGGGUACUGGAGAACCGAAAUUCACCAGAAGCCAGCUCUCCUUGCAGCUAUUCAGAAGUUCAAUGGGUAUGUUGGAGAGCUGGAGCAACUUGCGACAGAGAAGAAUAUUCAGUUCCCUUUGCCUCGCCACCUGUCAACGGAUUUGGCACAUCUCAGAAAUGACAAUGACCUCAUGCAAGAUGUCUGGAUGCAGAUGGUACCCACUGAACCACCUGCAUGGCUCGUGGAUGCGAAUGUCUGGCAGGGAAUUCGGGUGGAACUUGUUGCUCUGCAAAUAUCUCUCCAGAACAUUGAAGCAGAUUCACCUUUCCUCUUUCCACUGAAACGUAGAUACGAACAAACAUGUGCACUUCAGCACCGAUGGAAGAACCCACUCGUUUCUGAUAUGCGCUGGCAUGCUAUUGUUCAAUCUGCACCGCGGACUGCACAUUCUAUAUGCCAUGGAAUCUCAUCUUUGGCCAUCCACUUCAUCCCACCUACCAUCAUUGCUGUCUCUGGAAUGUUCCCAGAUAUAUCUGGCCAGACCUUCACCUCAAUACUCAGAGAGUUUGAGAGUGACUACGACGAUGAAGACGAUGGGGACACUAUCUCAAACGAUGAAUCAGACUGCCUUGCAGACAUUCUUGAUGAUCUUGACCCAAGUCUGAGUCCAUCUGAUGUUACGUGGGAAGUUCUGUCAUACUCAGAAAAUGAUACCAUCUCAGUGACAUCUAGUGCUGAUGAUUCUGAGUCUUUCAAAGCAAGCGACAUGGGCACCCCUCGGAAGUCUGGCUUAAACGGCAACUUGGAUAUCGAUAUUAUAUUCAAUGUUCCUUCUCCUGAGUGUCUCGCAACCAAAGACAUUGCUCAUUAUCGGCCACGAUGCAAGGAGAAGAACUGGGCCAAACUUGUGUUUGAUGUGGAUGCUUUACGGUGUCUGUAUACCUCUACGGCACUUUUGAAUGAUGACAUGAUGAAUGGAUGUGCAGCAUUGCUAUCUGAUGCCUUCCCAGAAUCCUCAACUGUUCUCUUCUCAAUGUAUGAUCUUGCUGCCCUGAGGGACGAGUCAGAAUCUGAGACGAUAUGGAGGUAUACACAUAAACUCAAGUUCUGGAUGUACACACAGUGGGUCAUUCCGAUACAUUGCAAACAUCAGGUUCAUUGGACAGUGGCCAUGGUGAAUCUUACAAUGAAAACUCUUGAGCUGUUUGACAGCCUCGCUGAUGCUCUUGAGUCUGAGCGAGACAUUCAGGAUGUUCUUCACUUCGUCAAAAUGAUUACUGCAUGUGCAAGGAAGCAAGGAUAUGAACUUCCACCUUCGAGUCUGGCAUCAUGGACCAUGAUAAGAUUGAUUGCCAUGCCCAUACAGCAUAAUGGUUAUGAUUCUGGGGUUUGGGUGCUGUCACAGAUCUGUGCAGUACUUCGUGGGUAUUGA